ACUUUUGACCUGUGGCCACCGUUAUCAUCCUCCCGUAGCCUCAGAGAUGGGAUGGGGCAGGUGUGCCCAGAGAGCUUUUUCUCAUCGUAAACAGAUAGCUGACAGGCUAACCGAGCCGCCGCUGAAGGCUGCUGGCCUUAAAAGUUGCCUCGUCAGCGUAAGGAAACCCACAAAGGCUGUACAGCAGAGUUUAGUGUUGCCGUGUGCAAAAAAUGUACCAACGGUACAAGGUUACAAAGCUCCCCGGAGGGUAUCGUAAAAGACAAGGGAAGCUGACACCUGGCUGGGGCUUGGUGCAGCUGUAAUAUCUGACUGAGCUGCAACAUUACAGUCAUAUAUGAGGCAUUGUUUUCUUAGCUUGACCAUUUUACACCAAAAUAAUGAUUAUUUUGCUAGUUUAGUGGUUUAAUAGUGGAUAAAUUCCUCCGCUACACAGAACAGCUGACUGUAGUUUUUGUUUGCCUACAUCAAAGCCUCCACAAUAUUUUCUUUGUGAGGAGGGGUGGGGUACUUAAUUUUUUGUUUGUUUUUCAUUAGGAUGAUACCUAUAUCAAUAUUUGAAAGCUAUAAAAUCAAGCAAGUAAAGCCAUGCGCUGUUUGUUGUUAAACAUCAGUUUAUUAUGGCCAAAGCAUCACAGUAUUGUGCAGCAUAUGCUUGAGCCUGACUGAUAAAUUGAUUUUGGGAGCCGAUGUGCACAGUUUGUCACAGUUAUAUAUCUGAAACCCAUUUAGAACACCUGCCAAGAAAAUUAAAGACAAAAAUCAAAUUUCUAGUUUACUACUCAUAAAAUCAUUCUGUAAUCCACAAUUUAGUCUGUGCUGGACUGUGGUGAUGUGGUUAUAUGAUUUGUCUGCAUCUUGAUUUUUGCAUUGUAUUUUAUCGCAGGUGAUUCUUUUCUGUCUUGUAUGAAAAAAUGUACUUGUCCUCUUUAGCUAUAAUAAUACUACAGGAGUAUAUGCUGGUAAAUGUGGGUGUUUGCAAGGCUACUGCAGAGAUUACUGGAUUUACUGGACUUCAUAACAGUGACGGUAACUCUCACCACUCAAGUGGGGGGAAAACUAAAUUUAAAUGAGCUACAAAAUAUAUGAAGCUACAGUUUCUGAUUUCUCUAGAAUAUUUUGAAAGGUCAUGUGUACGGAACUUGAGCCACACCCUCAUUUGUUUAUAUUUUGCAAGGAAAAUAAGAAAUAGGUGCAGCACUUUCUUUGAAACAUGCAAAAAUAUAUGGAAAUACAGAAUAUAAGGCAAAAACAGAGUUUGUAAUGAGUGUGAAAGUCAGGAUUUGGUAUUCUUCAGCACAGCCUGAACUCUGUUAGACAGGUUUUUGUAAUUUCUUUAAGUAGUCUUCAGGAAUAGUUCUCUGGACUUCUCAAAGGACAUUCAAAGCUCUUCAUUGGAUUUUGACUGCCUUUAUUUCUGAUUUCUAUCAGGAUGAUCCCAAACUGCCACUGAGUUUCACUCCAGUUCUUGUGUAAUUUGGCAUACCUCAACCUUUUCUCCCUGUUUCCUUUCCUUAAGAACAACUGAGUUUGUAGAUGGAUCAACUGAAGGAUGAGUUUUAUCUCUCAGAUUUCCUCUUUAAAUUCCUGGUGAUUGGGAAUGCUGGAACGGGAAAAUCCUGUCUUCUGCACCAGUUCAUAGAGAAGAGGUUCAAGGAUGAAUCUAACCACACAAUCGGAGUCGAGUUUGGCUCUAAGAUCAUCAGCGUGGUCAACAAAAUGGUCAAGCUUCAGAUUUGGGACACCGCAGGACAAGAGAGGUUCAGGUCUGUGACCAGGAGCUACUACAGAGGAGCAGCAGGAGCCCUGCUGGUCUAUGACAUCACCAGUCGAGAGACGUACAACGCUCUGACCACAUGGCUGAGUGACGCGAGGAUGCUGGCGAGUCAGAACAUCGUCAUAAUCCUGUGUGGGAACAAGAAGGACCUGGAUGCUGACAGGGAGGUCACCUUUCUGGAGGCUUCCCGCUUCGCUCAGGAGAACGAGCUGAUGUUCCUGGAAACCAGCGCUCUAACAGGGGAGAACGUCGAAGAGGCCUUUGUCCAGUGUGCUCGGAAAAUCCUCAACAAGAUAGAGUCAGGGGAGCUGGAUCCAGAAAGGAUGGGCUCAGGUAUCCAAUACGGCGACGCUGCUUUACGACAGCUUCGCUCUCCUCGUCGUGCUCAGCCACAGGGCACCCAAGAAUGCGGCUGCUAGUGGACGUGUCCUGUAACACAUACAGACGAGGUUUGUGAAGACCAGGAGAAAAACAGCCAUGUGAGACCUGAUAACGUGGGGUUCAGAUCGCUACGCUGGUGACUUCUCCCCGACCUUUGACCCCUAACCUUUGCACGGACCCCUCAGAACCUUGUUGCCAUGCAGAUA